AUGAUGGAUGAAGUACGGUUGUCUGCGGCGGCGUCAUUCCCUAAGGGUGGCGAAGUGGAGGCCGUGACAGAUGAUCAGCAGGUUGUUCAUGCAGCAGAUUUCGCGGCAGGAGGUGGGGUAAAGUCAGCAGGUCGUCACAGCGCGUUGCAGGGAAGCUUCACGGAGAAGCUUUCAUCAUGGAGCCAUGGAGCUGCUCAGAGCUCAGGACACGGGUGCAUUGCCACUGAAUGUAGGGAGGAGGUCCACGCGACUACCGCGAACGGCAGGGAGUGCAUCCUUGGCAGCGUGGCAAGAGAAACGGCUUUUGUUGAUAGAUCUGGACGGUGUGGGGCACGGCAGGGGAAGUCGUCGGGCAGGGCGAAACUUUCUGCCGAACAGGACGACGGGAUUUUCCAGUGUUUCGGGGAAGACUUAGUGCACAUACACAAGCUGGAGGAGCCUCGUAAACUUGGCGCCCAACGAGAUCUCUCGAGGUCUGGCGGAGACACCUCAAAGGUAUAUGGCUUACCGGAAGGGGGUCCAGAUGCCAGCUUCUCUGUGUGGCAGCAGAGAGCUCCACCAACCAAUGAUGGUUGUUUCCAGCAAGUGGUUGAAUCUUUUGGAGAUGGGGGGAAAUUGCCUUUUACGAAGUUUCCGGGGGAGCACGGCAAACUGUACCAGGGGAAAUCAUGGCAUACUAGUGGAGAUGGAACACUCACCACAGGCGUGCUGCCCUCUAGGGAGGAUUUGGUGAGGCGGUUGCUUCCAGGGCUGCCACAGAACUGCGCUGCUUUGCUCAUGAAGAGCUCCAUUGAAGGCUUGUACGAUGAUUCCGUCGCUGCUGUCGGCUCGCACGCUUGCGUCAGUUCCCCGCAAGGUGGUGGCGAGAUGCAUACAGGAGGCGGAGACAAGUGCGCAGGCGGUGCUUUCCCUGAAGAGCCUUUUGAGGAGUCAGGCAGACACAGCCGAACGACCACUUUCAGCAGAUACGCGGCAACAGCACCUGGCAGCAGGGAUAACGAGAGAGGAGCAGGCCCAUUCCAUGUUGGUGUGAAGUCUGAUGAGAUGGCGGAGGGAAAGACGGAUGACGCGGACCCAUUUGUUCAGGAACAUUUGAAGGACAGCGCAGGGCAGGAUCACAGCGUUUUCGAGGAAACUCGGCAGAAGGCCUUAGAGGCACUGGAGGGGGCGAGUUUAUUAACGGAGAGCACGGGAAGUGGGGGGGACCAGUCAGAGGCAGUUGUGUACGUGGUGCGAGAGGAAUGGGAGGCAUUUACGCUUUAUUAUUGCUCUCAUACUGGGGUCGUACGGGCGGUUGCUUCAGAAGUUAGCCACGUAACAGCACGAAAUAGCCCGCCAGAUCUGUGUAGAGGUUUGCCAACGAUGGCAGUAGGCGGUGAUGGUUGUCAGCAGUGCCGCAAGCAGCAAAGCCGGCCUUGCAGCGGCUGGUGGAGGUCACGUUACGUGUUACUGCGUGUGACGGUGACUCUCGCGGAUAGGUCUUCUGGUGGCACCACGUUGCAAGGUAGUCCAGCUUCUCCAUGCUGCGAACACGGUGGAUCACCGGAAAUGGACAGCAUGGACAGUUGGUCUGACGGCAGGGUUGACGGGGGAAAGAGUGGUACGAAGCCUCACGGUAGCAACGAUUCGUCAUUGCUUCCGCAGCCGUCUCCCUUUACUUCUCACGGGCUAGGCUGUCAUGCCAAGGAGCCUUCGAUGCGAGGCAGCACGGAAGCCUUCGAUACACAGCCAAGCGCUUCAAAAAUAAACAGGGCGGCUCUGCGGCAGCCCGGUAACUGCGGAACUUACUUGCUGCUUGAAGAAUCAAGCGGAUCGUCUGCAAACCGUAGCGGUUGUGAAGUCACUGACGGCGAUUGUAUCCGUGUUGAAGCACUUAAGUCACUCCAUCUCUCCAAACGCCUAAGUAUUCCGUCGAGGUGUAACAACGAGGCAAAGGAGUUUGCAGCGGAGCUCCUGGGCCCCGCGUGUGAAGGAACGGAUAUGAUUGGGGAUGACAAGAGAACUGAAGAGUGUGCAAAUGAACUUGCACUGAGCGGAGGCAGUACUCAAGCAGAAGUUGCGUUUGCUAGCUUCCUGAAGGCGAAUUGUCCUGUGGGGAAGAUUUCGGAUGAGUCGCCGCUGGUAGGAGCAGCUAACGUGAUUGGUGGGGUAGAAGCAUCGAUGAGGUCAAGCAAUGCUGGGGAUCCAGUUCAGGAGGUUGGAUUUGACGCGUGGGCAGCGAAUGGAAGACGUAGUAGGCUUGCUUCACUCCUGUCGUCCCCGUGUGACAGUUUCGAGGGUUUCGUGUCGAGUGGGCAGCAAGGUGUUCAACUGGUUGAGAAGGAUUCAUUUAACAGCGGCAACUCAGCAGACUGCCUGCCGUCACUGCCUUACCUUUGGACUGGCGGCGGCGGGCCGAAGCCUCAAGAAGUUCAGCAAAGCAGCAUCUCCUCAUCGGAACACUCCAGACCGCAGUGCAAAAGUCAUGGGGAGACAAAGUUCGGAGACCGUGGUUGGCAAUACUCAGGGGCCCACAGAAGUAGGCGCAGGGGUACGAGGAGGACUUUUAAGUCUCAGACGCCUCCAUGCGUCGAUUCAGCAGGAGGGGCACGGAGAGCCUUAGCACAGUGCUACGCCGUAUGCGCUAGCACCAUUGGGAUGGAGGCGGUUGCUGAGGCGCAGAACAGUUACUUGGGUUUAUGCGUUGAGGAGCGUGAACUAGCUGCGGUGUUUCUGGAUUUCGUGGCGCUUGUGGCUCCAGGGGCAAUAAAUGCUUCGGACGACGCCGAAAGGACAGGCUUUGAGCAGCGGAAAUCCGACCCGCAAGACUCUGUUGGCGACAUGAAACGAGCAGUUCAUGAUCACACCAGGUGCAAACGAAAGCCGAACCUGAUGGGACGAGGGCAAAGUGUGAAGAAGGUUUUCUGUCAGGCAAGGAAAUCAAAGACUGACGGGGCCGAAGAUGCAGCUUGCGGCGCUGCUCGUCUGACAUGUAGGAGAUGGGAUGACGAUGUGCCACAUUGUGUGGGCAACAACUUCGAAUUUACGGUUUGA